UCACCGUGCAGCUGACCGCAGUAUGUGACCUUGUUGUUCUUCAAUUUCUGCCAUGGAAAGUCAAUCAUCCAGCAUUCUAUAGGAUAUAGCAGGGCUGGGGCCAAGAGGUGAGCCCUCUCUUAUUCGUUCUUAGAUGGGCCCAAAUGGCUUUCCACGCAGGGUCCGUCCAUGAUGUUGCCCCUGGUCGAAUGAGGAACUUUCUUGCACCGCGCAAGCUCGCUCGAUACGUAUUGAGAGGCGAAGAGCCUGUUUUUGCGGAGCAGCCUGCCGUGAGCCGUUCUGUAUGCUUCGAUCGCGUUGCGUGACAAAUAUGUUCGUUGUUAGGCCCGCUUCCAACCACCCCCGUCAC